AUGGCCGCGCGGGGUGCGUGCGGCGAGUGCCGCAAAUGGCAGUUGGAUCGCGAUUGCUGCCGCGUGGGGCUUCUCCGUCGCAGCACCCGGCGGCUCCGGCGCCGUGCCGACGACGCCGACCACAUCAGCUCCCUCCCCGACGACCUCCUGCUCCAGAUCCUCGCAGGCCUCGGCUGCGCCCGCGCCGCAGCCAACACGAGCCUCCUCUCUCGCCGGUGGCGCGGUCUCUGGACCCGCUCCCCUCAGCUCAUCUUCCACGAGAUCACGCCUGAACAGCUCCACGCAGCGCUCGGCCAGAUCGCCCGCCCAGCGGGUUCUCUCCGCAUCUCUAUCCCCAUCCACCACAUGCUCACACCGGAUCGCAUUUCCUCGUUGCUCGGCGCCGCGGCGCCGCUUGCGCCGGCAGAGCUUUCUGUCGACAUCCACGCGGACGGCUGCAGCGACGCGGAUGCCGUAGACCUGCCCUGCUUCGACCGCACAGCUUCGUUAAGUCUGCAUUUUGAUCCACGUUUGAGGCUGCCACCGGCUGGAGAUUUAACGGCGCUUGAGAGCCUCUCCUUCGGUUCCUGCCACAUGGCCUUGGGUGACCUGCUGCCCCGUUGCCCCUGCCUGCGCAAGCUUAGUCUUUCCAGUUGGCAGUACGACUCUAUCACAGUCCACUCGACGUCACUCCAGGAGCUAUAUGUCUCUGCCCCCGCACACCUUCGGCGGGUCGACAUCGUGGCCCCUGUACUUAAGAAAUUGACAUUUAGCUCCAUUCAGGGUAUCAGUGAUGAGUUCAGCUUAUCGUUGUCAGCGCCACUGGUGGUUGAUCACUCAUGGUAUUUCGGAUCUUGGUCCACGUUUGGAGGGAUAUGGCGCGUGUGGAGCCUGCAAUUAAAGACGCUGGGGCACUUUGUGCAGACACAACAGACCGACAGCAGGGAAGAUACUUGUUUGCAGCCACAGCACCGCGCUCACGGCAACAUCCUCUUGCUGCGCAUAGGGGCAGAGCAAAAUUUUUCGGAUGGUAUGGCCGUGACCUUUGAGCAAGAGAUUUCCCAAAGUCAGGUGAGAAACCUCUCUGUUUUAGAACUGAAAAUUGUACCAAGAGGGCAUGUUUAUGGAGCAAUGGUGCUGGAUCUACUUCGAUUCUGUACCUCUGUGCAAAAACUUAAGGUGGAAUUAAAUCGAUAUCAGAGAAAAGCAUGCCAUGUAAAUUGCCAUUGUGAUCAGCCCAACAACUGGAAAGAUCAAAUUAUAUCAGUGACUGUUCUUAAAGAAGUAAAAAUCGAUGGCUUCAAUGGAGAAGAUCACGAAGUUGGCUUAUUGAAAGUAUUAUUGAGAUGUGCUGCACUGCUUCAAAGCGUGACUAUGAACUUGUCUAGAAAUGUCUCACGAAGACGAAGUUGCAGUGCAUACAUGGAACUCCCUAGCCUUUUAAAGGCACACCCUUCAGUAAAAUUCAAUAUUUAUAGCUGGUGUGGUGAUCAGGUCUUGUUUGGAUGA